GCUGCAUGUCCUGAUGCACAUUCCCUCUGCUGAAAUGUCAGCUGCUCCUUGCGUGCUUGGUCUAUUACGGUUUUCCACAGCUAUCUAGCAGUGGAGCAGCUUGACGGAUGCAGAGAUAGAGAAGAGGGAGAGGAAAAGGGAAGCACAGAUUGCUGCAAAUCCAGGCUUUAGCAGCAGCUGAAUUUUGUCCACAGCAAAGGACCUUUUGCCAUCCUCCUCAACAUGCUGAGGAAGGGCUCAGAGCAGCUGAAGGGAGACAGAGAGGUCCUCCUGGAUCUGCACUAUGAGGGUGAAGCACAAACCACAGACAGCUAUGGGAGUCUGCGCAACGGAAGCUACAUCCCGCCUAGAUGUCUUUCAGCUGCAGCUGCUGACGAUGGUGAUGAUCCAAUAUAUAUUCACUGUAAUACAAGAAGUAACCAGCCAGCUCCACAGCUGGGGAAUUACUUCAGAGAUGGAAGAACCAAAAUCGACUUUGUGCUGGUGUGGGAGGUUCGCUCGCGGAGAAAGCGGCGAGGGAAGGGGAAGAGCGAGGUGACCGGUGAGGAGGGGGAAGCAGCGCCCACUGAGGAGAACAGCCGAUCUGAACGGAGGAAGGCACAGCUGGCACAGUGGAGGGAGAAGUUUGUUCAGAAUCUGGAGAGUGCUGGAUUGCUCAUGGAGAAGGAGGAAACAUCGAAUGAAAAGAAAACAAUACAUUUUCUGAAACUUAGCGCUCCUUGGGAUGUGUUGGUGUACUACGCUGAGGAACUGUGUCUCAGAGCUCCACUGCAGGCACAGCCAAAUCUGGAUUUAAACACAUCUGCUCGGGUAAUGAAAAGACUAUGCAUACCUAAUGUAAUGACGGAGUCAGUGCCAAGCAGGCCGUUGGACUAUUACACAUGUGCCUUUCGCAAGUCAAAGAUGAAUAGGUUCCUCGGCUGUGACAACCAUGAAACCUACUUCACUAACACACAGAGACACCGUGUAGUGUAUGAGAUUCUUGCCGGGACAGUGUACGGAAAAAGGAAGAGGGCUGAGGUUGGUGUGGACCGACUGGUAAAUGAAGGCGUGUACACAGCGGCGUUCCCCCUGCACGAGGGCUCCUUUCAGCUUCCGAAGCAUGAGAUUUGUCCUGACGAGCUGAACCAGAGGCAGAUUCUUCAUCACUACUGGGCCCGCUGGUGCAAAUGGUACAAGUACCAACCACUGGACCACAUUAGAGAGUACUUUGGAGAGAAGAUUGCUCUCUACUUUGCCUGGCUGGGUUUCUACACAGCCUGGCUGUUGCCGGCCGCAGUGGUGGGAACGCUGGUCUUUGUGUCUGGAGUCAUGUCCAUGGGUACCAACACGCCAGCUAAGGACAUCUGUCACAGCGGAGCUAGCUAUCUCAUGUGUCCUCUCUGUAACACAUGCAAGGCCUGGAACAUGUCUGAUAUCUGCACCAUGGCCAAGUUGGGCUACUUAUUUGACCACCCAGGUACUGUCCUCUUCAGCGUGUUCAUGUCCUUCUGGGCCGUAACCUUCCUGGAGUACUGGAAGCGAAAGAUGGCCACCCUGGCCCAUCACUGGGACUGCAUGGACUUCCAUGAAGAAGAGGAGCGUCCUCGUCCAGAGUUUGCAGCCAUGGCUCCGACGAUGGAGCCAAACCCUGUGACUGGGGUGAAAGAGCCCUACUUUCCAGAGAAGACCAGGCUGUCCCGCAUGUUCACCGGCUCCAUGGUCAUCAUUAUGAUGCUGUGUGUGGUGAUGAUCUUCCUGGUGACGGUGGUUAUGUGCCGCGGUAUCAUCAGCUUGAUGAUGUUCCGCACUGGGAGCCUGGUCCUGCGCACAGAGGCAGGGACCAUAGCUAACAUCUCCAGCAGUAUUGUGAGUCUGGGCCUUAUCCUGCUGAUGGGCCGGGUCUACACUGCUUUAGCUGAGCAGCUCACUAAAUGGGAGAUGCACAGAACACAGACCCAGUAUGACAAUGCCUUCAUCUUCAAGGUGUUCAUCUUCCAGUUUGUCAACUUCUACUCGUCCCCCUUCUAUGUGGCUUUCUUUAAAGGAAGGUUCGUGGGAUAUCCCACCAACUAUGGGACCUUGUUUGGGAUGAGAAAUGAAGAUUGUGGUCCAGGGGGCUGCCUCAUUGAGCUGGCUGAGCAACUCUUCAUCAUCAUGGUGGGAAAGCAACUCAUCAACAACAUUCAGGAGUUCAUUAUCCCUAAAGUGAAGGCCUGGCACCAGAAGAGAACUUUGGCCAAGGUGCUCGGGGAUAAGGCAUCCCAUGAGCCUCGGCGCUGGGAGGAGGACUACCAGCUGGUGGAGUGUGAAGGCCUGUUCGAAGAGUACCUGGAGAUGGUGCUCCAGUUUGGGUUCAUCACCAUCUUCGUGGCAGCGUUCCCCCUUGCUCCGCUCUUCGCCCUCCUCAACAACUGGGUGGAAAUCCGUCUGGACGCCCACAAGUUUGCGUGCGAGUACCGCCGGCCGGUGGCUGAGCGCGCCCAGAACAUCGGAGUCUGGUUCAACAUACUGGAAGCUCUGUCACACCUCUCCGUCAUCGCCAACGCUUUCCUCAUAGCCUUCACGUCAGAUUUCUUACCUCGUCUGCUCUACCAGUUCAAGUUCGAUGAUGAUCUCAAUGGAUACGUCAACUUCACCUUAGCUUACGCCCCACUUAACUACACCGAGUACCCCAUGUGCAGAUAUAAAGCGUACAGAGACAACAAUGGAAACUUCUCACUGUUCUACUGGGAGCUUCUUGCCAUCAGACUUGGUUUCAUCAUUGCUUUCGAGCAUGUGGUGUUCUUCGUGCUGCGAGCCAUCGACUGGAUCGUGCCUGAUGUCCCAGAAUCCCUGGAGCUGAAGAUCAAGAGGGAGCGCUACCUGGCCAAGCAGGCUCUGGCCGAAAACCAGGAGGCUCUGUUGGUGAGUCGAGGCCGAGGGGCCGCCCCUGCCUCUCCGGGCACCUCUAGCCCAGGAAGCGACAUGUCCUUUGGAAACAUGAGUUAGGACUGCAGAGUGGUUUGAGGGGAUACUGGAGGAAUAGAAGACACUCCUUCGCAUCUGGGAUAACAUGAGUGAACUUCUUCCCUGAGUGAAAUACUGUCUCUGCACUGGGAUUUUUCUUCACAAAUGUGCAUACCGCUGCACAGACAUGAUAAACUGGUGUGUAAUGGAGUCUAAACUCACCCAAAACUUAGUUCACAGAACACCGUUCCUCAACAUUUUCAGGCUAAUGCACUGAAAGUAUAAGGCUUAUAUUUAUACUAUGUUUAUUCACAUGAUAUCUAUACAUUCUAUAUAUUCCGACAAAGGAUCCACGACUUUCUAAUCCACUCCUACAGCAACUGGGCCGUAGCCUGAUUUGGAACCUAAGGAAACAGAUUAAACAAUUAAUUGAUACGUUUUCGGAUGCACUGCCCCUGCUUUAAGCCUGCAUCAAUUUCUGUUUUUUGUUUUGUUUUGUUUUUUCUUGGUAGAAAUGUAAAGGAAUCUGCAUAAAUAUACAGUAUAUAUAAAUGAAUAGCAGCUAGUUUGGGGGAAAACACAAUAGCCUCUUGUCCAAAAUGCAACGCUGUCAAAGUAGCAAGCUCGAUAUGUACCGUAAGAAGGCCACAUCCAGGCCAGUACUGUAAGUAGUUGUGCUUUUAGUGGCUAACUAAAGUUGCAGCAUGAAUUUUUAACGCUAUCAGACUUUUCAAGCUCUGUCAAGUACAGUUAGAAAUGUACACAGACCUGACACCUGCAGCAGUGUGUGUCGACUAGAGAAUGUGGAUCUAAGACCCAAUAGUAUUACAUUGAUAUCAUGUGUUUCUAAUUACAUAAAAGAGUCAUUUAAUCCUCCUGAAAAUGUUGUUUUUGUUCAUCUCCAGUGGUUUAAGUUCUCCCCUUGAUGCAGUGAUGUACAGGUGUACUCCAGGACCCUGUGACGUCACGCUGGGUGUGGUUGCGGGUGCAACAGAGUACACAUCUAACCACACACAACCACACCCACCAGUGUAGCUGGGUGUAGUCAGAGGUGAAACCUUUAACAGUAGAGUACAGUGAAACCCUGCUGCCCAACCUGCUGUUAAGUGACUCUUUAAAAGGGCGCUCCUGUGACUUAGUAUUGCUCUUCUUUAAAGUUGGGGGACAAUGCAGAAAGAGCCGAGAUAUCCAGACUAAAUCCUGGUGUGGGUCAAACGCUGGCUCCUACAUUUCCUAUUAUGCAACAUCUUUCAUAGAGUUGGACGUUGAAGGAGUUAUUUUGGAGAAAGUAGAGGUCUGGUUCAUUUUUUGCAUAGAAACUCCUAAAAUAUUAUGAUCUUUCAAACAAUAAUACUGCCUUAAAAUCUGAUGGCCACAACAUUAAACCUAUAGUAUCCAGAACUCUCAACAUUGAGGAUAUUCUAAAAACAAAUAUUUGCAGUUUGAUUAAACUCUCUCUGCCUGUUAAAUAACUUGAAAUAACUGUUAACUGCCUGUUAAAUAACUUUUAAAGUCCAUUCUCUCAAUUUGUGAUGCUACGUUUGUCUUCAAACCCAUGGCAAAUGUCAAACCGUGAUGACAUCAUCGGGGUUAUUUCCUCAGAUUUGACAAAGUCUGUGUUUUACUCCCCAUAAUGACUAAAUUGGUCUAUAUGUUUAAAAUCAGAGGAGUGCCCCUUUAAGUAUACAUUUAGUUUUAUCACUAGCUGUAAAAUGGUAAAGAUUUUUAAAAGACUUGAUUGUGAGCUGUUGUUAUAA